UGAGCUUCACACAGACUAAAACUUACUUCUGUGUCCAACAUCUAAUAUUAGAAGGGGAGCAUUUGCAGACAGAAAUCUGAAAUCCAAACAUCAUGCCAAGCACUGCCAGAAUGACUCAAUUCAUCAUAAUAUGAAUAUCCUCAGCCUUUGCAUCUAGAAGGAGAAAUGUUUGCCUGUUUUGUCUGCUUCAAAAUGUUUCAAACAUCAGGGGGACCAGAAAGGACCUGAGACACACACACGAGAGUGAGAGUAUUGCCAGUACACUGAUUGUGGAAAGAGCUUUAACUAGCUACACAGCCUGAAAAAGCAUUGAAUCUCAAGAGCCAGAAGGAUACGCGCAACAUGGAGAAACUGUGGAAAUGUGGGGACUGUGGGAAGGGAUUCCUGACCCCAUCUGCACUGGAAACUCAUCGACGCAUUCACACUGGGGAGAGGCCGUUCACCUGCUCUGAGUGUGGGAAGGGAUUCUCUCAGUCAUCCUACCUGCUGGUACACCAGCGAUUUCACAGUGGGGAAAGACCAUUCACCUGUUCUGAGUGUGAGAAGGGAUUCACUGCUUCAUCCCACCUGAAGACACACCAGCGAGUUCACACCAGAGAGAGACCAUUUAGCUGCUCGGAGUGUGGUAAGGGAUUCAGUCAUACUUCUGCCCUGCUGAGGCACCGGCGAGUUCACACCAGGGAGAAGCCGUUCACCUGCUCCGAGUGUGGGAAGAGUCUUAGUAAUUCAUCUGCCCUGCUGAGGCACCAGCGAACUCACAGUGGGGAGAGGCCGUUCACCUGCUCUGAGUGUGGGAAGGGAUUCACCGACUUAUCCACGCUGCAGAUCCACCAGCGAGUUCACACGGGAGAGAAGCCGUUCACCUGCUCCGAGUGUGGGAAGGGAUUCAUUCAGUCAACCUCUCUGCGGACACACCAGCGAAUUCACACCAGGGAGAAGCCAUUCACCUGCUCUGAGUGUGGGAAGGGAUUCACUCAGUUAUCCCACUUGCAGAGGCACCAGCGAGUUCACACUGGGGAGAGACCUUUCACCUGCACUGUGUGUGGGAAGGGAUUUACUCAGUCAUCCAGCCUGCUGACACACCAUGUCACUCACACGAAUGAGAGACCUUUUAAAUGCUCUGACUGUGGGAGUUGUUUCAAAAGCUCUCAGGUACUGAUGGCCCACCAGCGCAUUCACACUGAGGAGAGACCGUUCAGCUGCUCUCACUGUGCAAAGAGAUUUAGAACAUCGUCCAAACUGCGGAGUCACCAACGAGUUCACACCGGGGAGAGGCCAUUCACCUGCUCCAUGUGUGGGAAGGGAUUCACUCGGUCAUCCCAUCUGCUGAGACACCAGCGAGUUCACAAUUGA